AUGGUCAAGACACUCCCCUUCAGUGAUAUUCAAGUCCCGACACCGGGCUUCGGUGCCAUGGGAUUGAGCUAUGGUUUGGGUAGCAACCUGAGCCUCGAGGAAGCCGAACCAGUCUUGCUGAAGGCACUUGAAUUGGGAUGUACAUUCUGGGACACUGCUGUUGUCUACAAAGCGGGUGUGAAUGAAAAGCUUUUGGGAGAUUUCAUCAGGAAGCACAACGUCCGCGAUAAGAUUUUCAUUGCCUCCAAGUGUGGCCUCGACGUAAUUGGAGGAGAUGGCUCUGUCACCAACUCCCCCUCGCAUAUCAAGGAGUACAUUGAAGGAACCAUCGAGAGACUCGGCUUUACGCCUGAUUUGUACUACCUCCACCGGAUUGACCCUAAUACACCCCUCACCGAGUCCAUUCCUGCUCUUGAUGAACUUCGCAAGGCAGGGAAGACCAAGUACAUUGGACUUUCGGAGUGUUCAGCUACCACACUACGCAAGGCAAAUUCGAUUGCCAAGAUUGAUGCUAUCCAAGCCGAAUAUUCAGCCUUUGAGACACUCCACGAGACAGAUGGCUUGAUCGAUACAGCAAAAGAGUUGGGCGUGGCUUACGUCGCCUACAGCCCACUGGGACAUGGCUGGCUCGUCGAUAACUUCGAUUACAACUCCCCGGAUGACUUUUCCCCUGACGAUUUCCGCCGAAAAUCUCCCAAAUUCCAAGGCGAGAACUUCUACAAGAACCGUGCCAUCGUCGAGGAAAUCAAGAAGCUCGCCGUCCGUAAAGGAUGCAAGAUUAGUCAAAUCGCGCUUGCUUGGGUUGCCUCCCAAGGAAUGAUUCCCAUUCCGGGAACAACCAAGGCGACACGCCUGGAGGAGAACUGGGCAUCUCGGGAUAUUGAGUUGACCGAGGAGGAAAAGCAAGCAAUGCGUCAAAUUAUCGAUGCUGCUAAGCCACAUGGUGACAGAUAUGGACCCGCGCACCAGGCUAUGGUUGGACAUUAA